UCAGUCGUAGGCGUCGUGUUUCUUGAAGAACAUUGCACCUUUCGCUCUUGGUUUCGUUGACUUCCUGGGGGUUUCAAACAUUAGGACAACCCAGGGAGCUUUAUUCUGAGUAUAUCAUUAGGCGUUCCAAUGUCUUAAACACUAAAAAGCAUCACUAAGCAAUGUACUCAAAGAAGAGCUAUUCAUCUGGGUCAGAAGACUUCAGGGGCUAUGGCGAUUCCAAAGCAGGUCGCGAGGUUGGAAGACCCUCGUUCGUAUCAAGCCUUUCCAUUGGGCCCAGAGAAGAUAAGAUUGAAAGGGAAAUCUACCCCACAAAGGAAGCUUCUGAACGGGUCUCUGAGAACACAACAAAGUCUUUUGUGACGAGAAGUGUCACCGAUAAGAAGUCAACCUCUUCUUACAGAACGAGUGAAAAAAUCCAAUCCGUUAAAUCUAGAGAUUUACCCGGGUAUUCAGGCAAUGAUGCAGCAAGAGAUCAUAUCUCUUCAUUUUACUCCUCAUACUCCAAAGGCGAAGACCUCAGCGAUGCAGCAAAAGCAGAUCAACUGGCCAAUAAAAGCGAAGACGUUAUCUCUUCAUUUUAUCAAUCGAGUGUGGGUUUAAGAAAAGACAGAAGUGUUGACCGGAGAGCUAAGAUCGACGAAGAAAUUGGAGGAUCCACACGAGCGACAAGUUAUAAGGCUUCUGCUGCUGAAUUGCAUGCUGCCAGAGGAGUAAGCUGGAGGACUGACAAAUCAACAGAACCCUACGGUAGCCUUAAACGUAGAGGUUCUUUACCGAGCUUAAAGGAAACAGACAAGGAAAAUGGUGAUCCUAAGACCAUCACUUCGGAAAAUAUAAGUAUUCUUAGAAGAGCUUUGGAAAGAAAGGAAGCAUCUAAUUCUCUAGAAAGAGAAAAACUGUCUAAAAAGUUUUCUAAAGAGGACAGUAUUGAUCUAUCGAAAUACACUUCAAAUCCGUACAGAAAGACGACCUUACUAAAUACUUCCAAACCAGGGAAAAACAUCGUUGACGGGCGGGAGACGUUUGAGGUUGAUGCAGUUAUGAAUGGUAAAGCAAGUGAUUGGGGCAUUUUGCCAAAAGAAAUCAAAGCACGCUCCCGUUCUACUGAAAGCCUAAAUGAAAAGGAAAGGAGCAGAUCUGGAAUCUAUAGAGAGCUUCCUGGGAGAAGCGAGGUUUUGUCCUAUUCCAGAUCGUUAUCAAAUAUCGGAACAACAGGACCUGACGAUGACAGACGCUUUUCGAGGGAAGGAACGCGUACAGGAUCACUUGAUCGACAUGUAGGCUCCGUGCAUCGUUGGGACCGCGACGAUCACAGCGGUCGCGCCUCAUCUCUUUCAAGGGUACGAAGCCGGUCUUCAGAGGAGUUAAGGCCCUCGUAUGACGAUGAAGAGGUGAAUCCAAGCUAUAGAUCUCGAACUCUUCACCGUCAUGGAAAUAUCGAUCGUGAAGACUCCUUUGACCGCGAUGAGACAAGCAGGAGAUAUUUAACAACGAGAGAAAUAAGCCUUUCGACUCGUGACAAGCUCAGAGAAGAUAUAGCUCGACUCAAGGCUGAAGCCGAAUCUCGGACAGCGAAGAAAGAUGUUAAGCUGUACUCGUUUAGCCGAGAGCCAACUAUUCAUGACAAGCUUAAGGAAGACAUUGCGAAGCUCAAGGCUGAAACAUUAACACGAGAUCACGUAAAACCUUACGUUCCCCCAGCUUCUACAAGAGUAGAGUCUGUGAACAUUUCUUCGAGAUGGAGAAGUCGAGAACCUUCAGUUCAAGACAGACUCAAAGAAGACAUUGCAAGACUGAAGGCUGAAACGGAGAAAAUGUCCUCUAUCCCCAAAGGGACCUCUGGUGUUACCACUGAAAUAAUCAUUCCAGACAGAAGAAUGGAGGAGAUCGCAGAUGUUCGUCAUAGUGGAAUUAGCAGAACUUCGGUCGAGAGAUACAACGUGUCUAAUAAGGAUGGAGAUGUGUUUAAGGAUGUGUCGAGGAGCGAAGAAACAAAGAGGUUUGGUGAUGCUAAAAAUCCCGAACAAGACGAAAUAACUCGUCGACGUAGCAGCCUAAGAAUUGACAACAAGCCGAAUUUACGAGAUGAGCUCAAAAAUGUUGAAAACGCUAUUAGAGAUAAAGCGGAUUCAGCGCCUUCAGCAGACUACUUCCCUCCGUUCUCGGAUGGCAGUAUUCCAUCCUCCACAAGGCCCAGCGAGGAAGCUGCGUCCAUACUUUCUACAAGGCCAACUUUGUGGCCUAAAGAAAACGGGAUUGGCUUCACAGAACGAGACAAUUUCUUGACCACUCCCCGUGAUAUUUGGAACGAACCAACGCAAACAAGCAGGUCCUCUAAAUUUCACACCGCUGAAGCAUAUGCAAGUAAGCAAGCGUUUAGGGCAGACUCUACCUUCUCCAUAUCAUCAAAUAAAGAUGCUGAGGGUGGCCCAGGUUCUACUCAGAGAUAUUUUCGCGGAAGUCUGUCCAAAGAAAGUCGUUCAGCACAUUAUUCCAGAGAAAUGGGUGAUAAAGAAAACGGCUACCGCGACACCACCUCCGUACCAGACUCCGUGCCGAGACGGUCGCAUGAAGAGACACCAAAGCCAGCUGCUGUACUUCGACCUCGAGAUAAUGCCAUACCACUGCCUUAUUCGGGAUAUAAUAGUGUCUCUCACGGACGCAAAGAUCCCAGUUUAUCUCUGAAGGGAAUGCAAGGCGAACCUGGUUAUAAAGACAGGCGGGAGAGAGAUGAAAGGCAAUCGGUCAGGGUUCACUCAGAUAGCGAAUUCGUUACUAGAAAAACAAUCAGAGAUGACUCUGUCAUUUCUCGGAAGAGGUACGAAGACGAUACCUCCAGAUCAUUAUCUUCAAAAGUAGAAUCACCGAGAUGUAUCCCUGAGAGAUCCAAACCCUCACCAAGAAGGAAAAGCACCCGUGAUGACGAGCAUAUAUCAGAGGAAAACAAGACUCGUUUCUGCGAGGAAAUCGAUGCUCCAUUACCGGGAUAUAAGGAGAUCAAGACAUCACCCGUUAUUAGUGAGCUCCGGAAGAAAAUCGAUCAGCUAAAAGAUAAGGUCGAUACACUGGAUGACAGAAGAGCUAAAAUGUACCUUGAAAGGUAUGUGGAUGACCACUCAGAGAGGAAACCAGAUGUUGAUAUCAAGCCUCCAGUUCAUAUUAAGAGGUAUCAACCAACCGAGCGCAAACCAGGCUCAGGCUCAGAAGUAGAUGGUCCAGAGUCACAUAUAAAAAGAGAGAGUAUCACAUCUGAAACAAUUAGCCGCCAAAUCAGUAGACAAACCAGCGAAGCCAGAACUGUCAGACAAACCAGCAGCAUUCAAGAAGAUGUGACAAAACAGCAGUUCCAAGGAGAAGAGGUCAUAUCUCCGACGAGUAAACUAGAUCAAAAGACUACUGUUAUAAAACCAAUGUGUGAUGCACAGACGAUGACUCCUCCGGAUAUUCAGGAACACGUUGGAACUACUGUGAUUCAACGACAAGACUCGAUUGUAGACGAGCGAGACAGACUCAAAGAAUUGAGAGGCAUUCCUAUAGACCACGGAAGAAGAACAGCCCAAAUUGAGGAGGUGGGCAGGGGACAAGAGAACGACACCGGGGUCACCAUGAUCCAAGUAGACAGUCAGCAACAAACCAUAUCACCAAAAAAGAACGUGCGAGAAUGGUGGAAUGCUUUCACAGCCGAAGACGUGGAUCGUUUACUUGAACUUGGAAAUUGGAGUCCAUGGAACGCAUACACAGCCGAGGACGCUGACAGAAUGUUCUACGUGGGGCCUGUGAGAAGACGAAGCUUCCGUAGAAGUUCCCUCCGAAGAUACCCGAAAAUACGGCAGUAAAAAGACGAUCCCGUUGACGUUCUCGUGAGAGUGCGUGGAAGACAAGAAAAACGGCGUCGCCCUCAAUGCAUCAUCGCCCAAGCUGCGCCGGAAGAGAAAGCCAUAGUACUGAGAGAGACAAAGGAGACUACAGAGCCCUAUAUCAGAAAGAUUAAAGUCGAUGAUGUUUAUGGAGCAGAUGCUGUCAGAGUAGAGAAUGGAGUCGUAAAAAUUAAAGUCGGUGAUAAAGGAAGGAAAACAUGGGCAAGGAUUCUACAGAAGAAAGAUCACAUCGUUGAGUCGGAUGGCACCGUUAUUGUCCCAGUUAGCGGUGACCAGUACGAAGACGGCAUAUACUACUCCAGUUGUUACAAAGGGGAACUGCAAGAUGCCAAAGCGGUGCGAACACCAAUAAAAUUCAAGAUACAAGAACAAAACGCCGCUAAAUCUAACAAGAUACGCGUCGCCAGAGAGAUGAGAAGAACCGGGAGCAUGAGACGGAGACGAAAAGCCGCUGCCAGAAGUCUAUGUCCCUAUAUCGUGGGCGCACGAUAUUACAAAGGGAAGAUAAUGCUGACAUGCGCUGAUGCUAAUCGAUCCCAAGCCCGCGCUCAAAGUGGUCACCGAGAGAUUGUUGUCAGGCAGCCACAAAGUAACUCGCGGGUUACAGGCAACGAAAUAGUUCUGCGUCGCAGCUCCCAACCGCCUGCAUUUCCGGUAAAGACCAUUCAGGAAAUCCACGAAGGCCACAAAACCACAAGUCACGCGGCCACAACCCGAUCAGAAGAUGGAAAGAUGAUCAUCACUGUACACGCUGCCCCACCCCGACCACCACGUUUUAGCCUGAAACAAGCUGGACAAAACAUGACGAGUAGCUCCUACUAUGACAGUACUUCCGAGCAACGAGAUGUAUCGAGUGCUUCCGGAAAUUAUUUCGUAUCCUCGACUUCUGGGCCUCAAGGGUACGUGACGUCAUCCAGACCCGGCAGACAUGGGAAGCAAGGUACCUCUUAUUAUGUCACUGAUCCGUCCGACUCGUUUGGUCGUAGAUCUGGCUACCACAGCGCAUCUCGUUACCACUCUUCCAACGAACGAUCUAGCACCCCAACUAUUGUCCCUUAUGGAGAUGGCACAAGUCGAAUAGGGACACAGAAUGGUUCGUUUAUAGCCAAUCCAUCGAGUUAUUAUGGGUUUUAUAAUGCACCGGGGUCAAAGAUAGUCUCCUCGGACCCGCGUCUCAAUGCAAGUACAGGAUACGGAGAGAAAUUCGAUCUCCGAGAUGACGGUGGCAUCUCCUCGGUGCGUUACGUGAAUGGAGCACGUCAAGGAAGUAGGAUAAUCAAUGAAAGAAUGAUGUCAAAUGGACCUUACAGAUAUGGUUCAUCGUGGAAUUCCAGGCAACAGGAAACAUUAAAUGGCCGUUCGAUGUCUUGGGCGGUAGAAGAAGUUGCUCCUGAUUCCUGAGUUUUUUUUUUUUUUUACAAUCAACAUAACCAGGAAAUAACAAAGACCCAGCAACUAGGAAUUUGAAGGCCUCUUUGGGUUUUCCGAGUGACAUGAAUCAUGGAGUAGUGGAGGUCGAGAAAAAACAUACAGGAUAAAUAAGCAUGCUAAAAAAAGCAGAGAAAUAAGCUUUGGUAACGAAAUUAUGGAGAAGAAAACAAUAGAUUAUAGAGAAAUUUGUGUAUUGGUUAAACUUGAUUUUUCUCAACUUACUCCAAUUUUGAAAAUGAAAAUGUUUCCCUUGUUUGCGUAGUUUAUAUAACAUUAAGUCAGGCAUAUGGUAACGUUACGUUUUGUUUCAAUAAUAGGGACCUUACGCAACCACGACGGCGACGGCAACGAGGACGUGGAAAAACGAGAGAUCUAAUUGGCAGA